AUAGACUUAAUAUCUUCAAACCCCAGCCUUUAAAAAAGGGUUUUCACUUGUUAAACAUACCAUGAUUGGUCUCCCUCCUGGUAAAUAGACGUACGACUUGAGCUAUGUUUUUAACUUUUGAAAUAAUUUUCUAAACUGAAUCAUCCCUUAGUAAAAUACCCGGAUUGUUGAUAAGAGAUGUGGUAGGUUAUCAUGUGAGACAACAAUCAAGCCAUAUUGUCAACAGGGGAAGAAACAACUUCUUUUGAGUUCAACAGGCAAUUAACUUUAGCUAGUAAACCAGAUAAGAGACAAUCUUGAAUUACUAAGUGCUGAAUUAAAUUCCUUAAUUCAACAGUCUGUAAUAUUGGAAAUUUAUUACCAGCUUUAUAGAAAGAAGAGGCAGUUAAGCCCUAAGAUUUUACAACAGUCAAGGAAACGUGUUUACAAGUUUAUUUCCUUAUUUAGAAUACUGACAUUAAAAAAGGAGAAAGUUUAAAUCUGUAAAUUUAACAUGUAACAUUUGUCAAUUAGUUUGGAAUAUGAUUAAAAUUUGUACUUUUAUAAUAAGAAUGAUUUCAUGAUAUUUUGGGAAUUUUAUUUAACCAUAAGAAUUUAUCACAGUUUGCCAAUAUGUACUAUGGCCUGAGAUUAAGGUUUAAAUAUUACCUAUUAGUACUCUCUUCCUCUCCUUCUUAUAAUACUAUUCUUCCCCUCCCCUUCCCAUGUGCCUCUGUUAUAUAGAUUAUCCUGUUUAUCUUAUUCCUUUAAAUUCCUCUUGGUUCCAUCUUCUAUUGCAUAUCAUCUUAGAACCACUUAUUACUCUAAUCUCUACCUUUGAAUGAUUCUUCUAAUUACUAUAAUAGUGAAUAAAAUUUUUGACAGUUACAAAUAUCAUCUUUCCAUAUAUUGAUAUAAACAAUUUGAUCUUAUUGAAGCCCUUAAGGAAGAAAAUUUAAAAAAUUUUUCUUUUUCCUUUUCCCUCUCUUUCUAAUUUACCUUUUCAUGUUUCUCUUGAUUUUUGUGUUUGGCUAUAACUUUCUGCUUAGUUCUGGUCUUUUAAUUACAAAUACUAUUGCCAAUUAUCUUGCAAAACAGGACGAAUUAAUAAAGCAAAGUCAAAACCACUAACAAAAUAGAAGGAAAAAUGAAAUACCUCAUUGACAAGAUGAUAGACUGUGAAAACCAGUCUCAAAGAGAUAUUUUGAGAAUCAUUCGUCUACCUGAAAAUCCAGAAAUAAACAAAUCUUGACGUCAUAAUACAAGAAAUUAUCCAAGAAAACUGCCCUAAUGUUCUUGAACAAGAGGGAAAAAUAGACAUUUAGUGUUCAUAGAACAUCCUCUACACUAAAUCAUCAAAAGACAACCCUCUCCUCCCCCAGGAAUGUAAUUGCUAAAUUCAAGAACUUCCAAGCUAAGGAAAAAAUGUUAGAGGACGCCAAAAAGAGACAAUUCAGGUAUCAAGGAGCACCAAUCAUGAUUACACAAGAUCUGGCAGCUUGCACACUAAAGGACCUCAAGGCUUGGAAUUUUGUUAAUCUUUUGAUUUGCUUUAUUAAUUCUUGCUAUUUUGCAAGAUAAUUGGCUUCCAAUUUCUCAAUUCUGGCCUUUAAAGAUUGGUUUUCUGCUGUAAUCUUUGGAUUUUCCUUUUCAGUUUGUUCUUUCCUGUUUUUCAUGGCUCAAGCUGUUUAAUUUUGGUCUCCAAUUUGAAGUUCCUGUCUUUUAAACUGUUAUUUUCUUUUUGAACUAUUUCCCACUUUUCUUGCCAAAAGUUUUCGUUUCCUUUUUUUUUCAUGAGCUCCAAUUUAAAUUCUUCAAGUGCUUGUGGCCAAUUUCCAUUUUUUUGGAAAGUUUGGAUGCAUUUAACUGUUUGUCCUCUUCUACUGUUUCUUCUGUAGUCUGGAUUUUUCUUCCAUAAAAAUUAUUCAGGGUCAUUGCCUUCUUAUUAUUCUUGGUGUUGGGGUGUUGUUUUUCCUGGGCGUUAUUUCUCAUUACUAUGCUGGUUUUUCUUUCCCUUUCCAGUCAGAAGUCUGAGUGAGGAGUGCAGGUUUCCUGUUUAUGGAGCUAAGGAGCACAGUUUUGGCCUGAGGUCACUUCUUGAGUCUCCGUAGCUUCUAUUGUUUGCCACCCUUGUCAGCUCUCUUUAGCCUGCUGGCGUCUCAGGUCUAGCUGCUCUCGGGGGUCAAUAACAUUUAAGGAUGUGGCUGUGGACUUCACCCAGGAAGAGUGGUGCCUUUUGGACCAUUCUCAGAAAGAACUGUACCUGGAGGUCAUGCUGGAGAAUGUGCAAAACCUACUCUCUGUGGGGCUUCCAGUUCCUAGAGAAAAUUUUAUCUCCUGUUUGCAGCAAGGUAAAGCACCAUGGCUGCUAGCGCAAAAAGACUCAAGGAACUCCUGCCUAGAGGCAAAGACUAAUUUUGAAGUGAAGGACUUGUCUGCAAAGUUAAGCCUUUCUCUGGAAGGAUCUGGCCCCCAACGAUGCAUGAGUGAGGAUCCUCAUGACUUCCUUUUGAGACAUAUCUGUGACUCUACUAUCAAAGUAAAUAAAAAUCCGAAGAGUGACAGUGAAUUUGAUGAAACUGCAGAGAAAUUCAGCCAAUAUUCAGUCCUAACUCGGUAUAUGAAAUUUACCUCAGGAAAUGACUAUUGUCUGGAUAGUGAAUAUAGGAAAUGCUUUCUUAAAGAAGUAGGACUUCUUCAGUCACCUGAGAAACCUGAAAUGCCCGUGUAUCAAGGUAAUGUAAGAGGAAUCACCUUUGGCUGUAUUUCAGACGUCAUUAGACAUCGAAAAAGUAAAUGUGUCAAGAAGGUUUCUGUGAUUGAUAAAGGUGGGAGAUCUUUCAGUAAGAACUGUGAGCUCACUGCACAUCAGAGAAUUCACACUAUAGAGAAACCUUAUAAAUGUAAACAAUGUGGAAAGGCUUUCACACGGAGGGGCAAUCUUGCUACACAUCAGAGAAUCCACACUGGAGAGAAACCUUAUGAUUGUAAACACUGUGGAAAGGCUUUCACACAGAGCUACAAUCUUUUUACACAUCAGAGAAUCCACACUGGAAAGAAACCUUAUAAAUGUAAACAGUGUGGAAAGACUUUCAGACAGAGGGGCAGUCUUGAUACACAUCAGAUUAUCCACACUGGAGAGAAACCUCAUAAAUGUAAACACUGUGGGAAGGCUUUUACACUUAGGGGCAAUCUUACUGUACAUCAGAGAAUCCACAGUGGAGAGAAACCUUAUGAAUGUAGUCAAUGUGGAAAGGCUUUCACACAGAAGUGCUCUCUUGCUAGACAUCAGAGAAUUCAUGCUGUAGAGAAAUCUUAUGAAUGUAAACGGUGUGGAAAGGCUUUCACACAGAGGGGCAAUCUUGCUACACACCAGAGAAUCCACACUGGAGAGAAACCUUAUGAAUGUAAACAGUGUGGAAAUGCUUUCAUAGAGAGGGACUGUCUGGCCAGAAAUCAGAGUAUCACUGCAGAGAAACCUUAUGAAUUUAAACAGUAUAGAAAAGCUUUCACACAGACUGGCAGUCUUGCUGCACAUCAAAGAAUCCACAAUGGAAAGAAAGCUUAUGAAUGUAAACAGUGUAGAAAGGCUUUUACACUGAGGGUACAUCUUUAUAGACACCAGAGAAUUCACACUGUAGAGAAACCUUAUGAAUGUAAACAGUGUGGAAAGGUUUUCAGUCGAAGGGGCCAUCUUGCUACUCAUCAGAGAAUCCACACUGGAGAGAAACCUUAUGAAUGUAAACAGUGUGGAAAGGCUUUUAGACUGAGGGGAGAUCUUGCUGCACAUCAGAGAAUCCACACUGGAGAGAAACCUUAUGAAUGUAAACAGUGUGGAAAGGCUUUCAAGCAGAGGAGCAGUCUUGCUACACACCAGAGAAUCCACACUGGAGAGAAACCUUAUGAAUGUAAACACUGUGGAAAGGCUUUUACACUUAGGGGCAAUCUUGCUGCACAUAUGAGAAUCCACAGUGGAGAGAAACCUUAUGAAUGUAAUCAAUGUGGAAAGGCUUUCACACAGAAGUGUAGUCUUGCUAAACAUCAGAGAAUUCACACUGUAGAGAAACCUUAUGAAUGUUAACAGUGUGGAAAGGCUUUCAUAGAGAGGGACUAUCUUGCCAGAAAUCAGAGCAUCCACACUGGAGAGAAAUCUUACUAAUUUAAAUAGUGUGGAAAGGCUUUCACGCAUAGGCACAGUCUUGCUACACAUCAGAGCAUCCACAGUGGAGAGAAACCUUAUGAAUGUAAACAACAUGGAAAGGCUUUCAGACAAAGGAGUCUUCUUGCUGCACAUCAGAGCAUCCACACUGGAGAGAAACCUUAUGAAUGUAAACAGCAUGGAAAGGCUUUCAUGGAGAGAGACCAUCUUGCCAAAAAUCAGAGUGUCCGCCCUGGAGAGAAACUUUUAUUGUAUAGGAUAAAAUCUUGCUUUAUUUUCCAUCAUGCAUCAUUUAGUAAUAGUAAUCUUCAAUUGGCAACUUCCUUUAGAGUAUUAGUGAAAGUUUAGUGCCCUUCAGAAGGGAGAUACUAAUUUCUUCUUAUGAAAUUAAUGAAAUUCCCCUUCCCAACAGCUUUUUAUAUAUACAUGAUUAUACACCUUCAAAUCCCCCUUUUCUAAUGCGGCCAAAACCUCCCCUUUUUAAAAAUUAUUAUGGAUUAAGUGGUUAAAUUCUGUUUUGUGUGAAGGAAAUCACGAAAUGGAUUGGGUCACAAGGAUAGAAUGCCUGCAGGAAAAAGACAGCAACAGAGUAAAGAAAUUAGGAGACAGGUCAUAGCAGAUGUCCCCUGAAUAGCACCCUGGAGUGUCCCUCUGAGGCCCAGGCAAAAUUGAAAGGCACAUUUGGCUUCUGCAACUUUAUGUACAUGGGCAAGUGGGAGGAGAAAAAAUUUGAUGAAUUAGGUAAGAGUUGAUUUCACUCUUUCAGUUUUGUUGCUUGCAGGACUUUCCUGUCCUGCAUGGAGAUCAGAAAACAAGCUAAAUGGAGCAACCAGGAAAGUAAUUUAUAUAUUUCUCCUCUUUUCCCUUCUUUUCUGAGGCCCCAAAACAGAAGGUACAGCCAUGAAUGUCCACUGAUCACCUGCCACUUGGUAUCCCCAGUAUUUGCUUUUCUCCUUAGCACCACAUCUAGUCCUGGGAGACCCUACUUUCUUGCUUAAGAUCCUACAAGCCAGUACUCCCACCACCUAGUGGCUAACAGUAAAAAUGCAGGCAAUGUAAGAAUAAAUAAAAUAGGAUAAAAUUAAAGGAAAUUGAAUGAAAUCAAGUUCAACAAAAUUAAUAAAGUAAAAUAAUAAAUAUAGAAAAUUAAAUUUUUUUGGUACACCAAUUGAGUUCUCCAUUAUUUCAAAAUGUAUUUUCUUGCAUUGGUUUCUUAUUUUACCCUACCACCAAAGUCCAGUUUUAUUGCCUUUUAAAAUAAACUGAAAGGAAGUAGUGUCUACAUUUUGUCUUAGAGUAUUGGAAAUUGUUUGGAGUUCUUUACUUGAUUUUGUACAGUUCACUCCUGGGCCCUGUGCUCUGUACCACAUACGUGCUGGCAGGGUCUAUAACUCUAAAGUGUGAAUUUUAAAUCUCCAUCUUGCUUGGUCUAGCAUCCAAAAUUGUGCACACCCACACUACAUGGGCAUGUGCUAGUCAGUGACAAGUCAGAAACAACUAACUGCCCACCUGGGCUGUCCUAAGCCAACCUUGAGCCACCAUUGGCAUGUGUGAGGUGCAGGAAGUGAGGUAGAGAACAGCCUCUGGAGUUUGCUCACUUCCUGUGGACAGGCGCCUGUUUGUUCUAGGAGCUCAAGCAGGGAGGAGGCCUGCAGACAGCUUUCCUUCAGUUCGGUCAUGUGAGUGAAGGACUGAUUCCCUUCUCUACCUUGGCUUUCCAAGGCCUAAACUCCCUCUGGCUCUGCCAGAAGGUUGAGUUAACCUCUUUCCUCGUCCCCUUCUUUCCCUUUCUCCCUCUCCUUUCUUACUCCCAUUGUGAUUAAACUACCAUAAAACUCCAUUCUGACUUGAGUGUUUCAUUUAGGAUUUUCAUAAGUAAAAUCCUUGGCAACCUUAAAUUAAUAUAUAUCAGUCUUUUAAAAGUGAUUUCAAUAUCACAAAAGCACAUUACCCCCAAGUUGGGGUUUCUCUUCCUCAGCAGCAGUGGCCAUAGUAGGAGCCCCGAAGUGAUACAGAAGAAAGACUAGGGAGUUUUCUGUAUUUGGGGAACAAAAAUAGUAGCUUCUAACCAGAUUAUCAACUAAUAAUCCCCCAUUAUAGGGAAUAUUACUAUGAAAAAGUCAAUUCUGUGCCUCAGGGUUUGCCAUUGCAUGAAUUACUAAGUGAUUUGGACGAACCUGGAUUUCCCAAGGAGCAUUGGAUGUCAAGGAAGGAGACAAAGAGCCUGUGCAAAGCCUGGACAUUGAAGCAUUUUACCUGGCCUUACUUUGGCUCUUUUGACUUUAAAUUCUAAAAGAAUUAAAACCAAUUAAGGGCAAAGAUUCCAGAGAAUAUCCCAACCUGUGGCUCUGGGCAUAUCACCUUGAUUGUUCAACUAAGUCAAGUAUUACCAAUAACCUCUCCAUUAAAUCUGAAAAAACUGACACCCAGCAUCUUCCCAGCUCGCCUGCCAUGAAUCUACUCUUUAUCUUGAUCCAGGCCAUCCUGACUCCUUCAGUACCUUCCUCUAACAUGCCUUUCUCACCUCCCAGCCCACCAUGGAUACCAUCUCACUGUCCCCCCUCACUGGCUAACAUGUCCCCUGCCCAUGCUUGCUCUUGCUGUGCCCAGUCUCUGCCUUGCUCUGCCAACCUUCUCUCUUGUCCUGCUUUUCCCUCCCCACUGCCCAGCCUCACUAUGCCCUCCCCUUGCCCAGCUUUUCCCCCUCCCUCUCCCUCUUCCUUACACAACCCCUUGUCCUGUUGGACCUCUCUCACUAUGUCUCCCCCACCACCUGCCACCACACCCUGAAAUUUUGCUCUGGCUCUCUCCAAAUGUACAUUCAAUUUGCUAUGACCCACUAAAAUAAGAAGAGUCUAAACUUCAGCAAAGAAUGGAAUUCUGUUGCAGUCAUUACAAAGGCUAUAACAACUGAGAAGAUCAGUUCUUUAAAUCACCAGGUAUUGAGAGACUUUUGAGCUUUUGUUUUUUCAAUUUUUUAUUUUUCUCCAGAUUACAUAUUAGUACAAUUUUUCAGUAACCCUGUUCUUCAAUGAUACAUCUAUCAACUAGUGGAAUUGCUUGUCACUUCCAGAAGGGGAGAAAGAUGAGGGGAGGGAAAGAUCAUGAAUCAGGUAAUCGUGGGAAAAUAUUCUGAAUAACUUUUUAAAAAUAAUGAAAAUAAUCCUGUUCUCACAUUUUGUGAUCUGUGUUUUCCUCCUAUAUCCUAGCCUCCCCCAAGACAAGGAAAUAGGAUAAAGGUUGUACAUGUGUUCUUAUAUACUACAUAUUUCCAUAGUCAUGUUGUGGAAAACAUUUCUUACACUGAAGAAAAAUUGGUGAAUAAUGAAAGUAAAGAAUUGUGUGUUUCAAUCUGCA